GAAGCAAAGCCUUCGGGGGCGCUGCCCCGGAAAGCGGCGCGGACGCAGGCGCGGAGGCCGCACGUGGCAGGAGCGGGGUCCCGGUGCCCAGAGCGGUAGCGCCAUGGCGAGACGGAGGGACCCCUUGGACCGCGCCCAGGUGAAGAAGGCGGUGGAGGCUCUUUUGGCUUUCUCCAGAAGCAAGGCAAAGGGAGACGAGCUGCUCCUCAACGAGAGCGAGAGCCUUCAUCUCCUGGUGACGGUGUGGAAAGUCCCGCAGGUGGCAAAGGUCAUCAGAAUACCACUGCCCCAUGGCAUUCGACCAGAAACAGCUGAUGUUUGCCUGUUCACAAAGGAUGAACCAAAUUUAUCAGCAGAACAGACUGAAAAUCUGUACAAGAAACUUUUACUCCGGAAUGGGAUCAGAAGUAUUAGUCGGAUUAUCUCAUACAAAACCCUCAAAAAGGAGUAUAAAAUGUAUGAAGCCAAGCGGCGCCUCCUGAACAGUUUUGAUCUCUUUCUGUCUGAUGACCGAAUUAGAAGGCUUUUGCCCUCCCAUCUGGGAAAACACUUCUAUGAAAAGAAAAAGGCACCUUUAUCUGUAAACCUGAAAGCCAAAGAUCUUGCCAAGGAACUAGAAAAACAUAUCCAAGGGACUAUACUCCCAGUUAAUAACAAAGGGUGCUGUUAUACAACACGCAUAGGUCACACUGGGAUGAAAGUGGAUGAGAUACUUGAGAAUAUCAUUGCAGCAGCAAAAGUGAUUGGUGACAAGUUACCAAAGAAAUGGAAAAAUGUAAAAAUUCUUCACCUCAAAACACUUAAAUCAGUUGCACUCCCAAUAUUUACUGCAAAUAUCUCCAACCUGGAUGAGCUUGACAAACAGCCAUCUCUCAAGAAAAAUGAAGUAAAGAAGGCAAAACCCAAGAAAGUGAAGAAGACAGCUACAAAACUGAAGUCAGGUAAAGUCACUGUGACAACAGAAAGUAAAGCUGCUGCUGGUACCCAGGAGCCUGUGAUAAAAGAAAAGAUAGAAAUAGUCCAGGAACCAGGUGAUUGUGAUGAUGAAGAAAUUCCACAACUGGUGCCUAUACAAACAACGAGCUCAGCUGACCUGAAGAAAAUGGGACCAAAUUCAGAAAAAGGUGACAAUUUGGGCAAGAAAACCAAAACACUCCUUGGUAAGAGAAAGAAAACAUCUCUAGUGGCGGAUACUCCAAAAUCCAAACCUGAGGUUACAGAGUGUGCAAACUUGGAGACAUCAUCAAAAGAGAAAAAAGCCAAGCAGGUCAGUAAGCCAGAGGAAGCAAUAAAAGAAAAAGACAUGAAAAAGGCUCCAAAAAAACCUGAAGCAAAGUCUUUUGCAACACCCAAAGCUGGCAAGUCACUACAGUCAGCCAGGAAAUCUUCAAAACCACAGAAGCAGGCACCCAGAAAGGUGCGCGUGCCGCAGUCAGCCUGAACGUUGUCUGUUGUAACAUAUUUUGUAUCAUCACUUUCAGUUAACAAAUUUAUUGAUGAAGUAAAAUACCUUCUUGGGAAAUCUGAUCCCAAGAGUUUAUUUUCACCAAGAUCUGUAAUGAUUCAUUGGUUUCCUUCUAAUUUACAAGCUGGUACAAAUAAACUCACUGUCUUAAUGGUCC